UAUUUGACUUACAGAAGCUGAGUGAGUGCCUGCUGCUUUCUUUUUGCAUGUAUAUUUAUCUCCAUCCUCUUCUUCCUUCUUCUACCACCUCAAGUUCCAAAUCUUUAAGCUCAUCUCUCUCUCUCUCUCUCUCGCUCUCUCUCUCUCUCUCUAAUAUUUGAAUUCGAAGCCAUGAAGCAAAUCUUCAAAUCAGGAGCUGUUCUUGUUCUCUGCAUAUUUUUCAUUCUUUUCUCCUCAACAGUAUCGAUCCGUCUCUUAGCGAAUAAAGAAGGACAAGAGAAGGGGCUACUCAAUGAAAUGGCUAAUGGGGAUUCACUUGUAGGACUGGAAGGCACUGAACUACUGGAUCAGCUUAUGGGGGUGGAGGACUGUGAUGAUGAAGAUGUGGACUGUUCAAAGACAAGGAUAAUGGCUGAAGCUCACUUGGACUACAUCUACACACAGAAACAUAAGCCUUGAUACUCUUCAUAUUUUCAACUCAAGGGGCCUUCAUUUCUUGUUAUUUUCAUAAUCUCCUUCAUUAAGAAACUUUUGGAGAGCUGGUUAUCAGAUUGCAGAUCCUACUUUUACAUAAUGUAACAGUUAAAUCUAAAGUAGAUAAUGGAUAUUUAAGUUUAUGUAUGUCUUCUUAACUCUCUAUGAGACCCCUUCCUACAAAGUAGAGAAAGAAUAAGUGACGCUGGAAGAAAUAAAAUCACAUCACAUGCGUACUAA